AUGCUCAUGGCGUCAGCUUUGCCCGCCCGUGCUGCGAAUAACGCCGUGAUCCAGUGGCAGGACGCUGUGGAGCAGGUGGUGCGGAACUACAACAUCAGCAACCAGAUCAGCGCCAAGUUUUAUGCUCUCACGAACAUUGCUCAGUACCAGGCGUUGCUUGCAAACAAGGCACAGGACAACAAGAUCAAUGACACAGCCGUCACUGCGUUUGCAGCCCACUACAUUCUCAGCUACUACUGGCCGUACAAGCAGAAUGUGUUUGACGGCAUCAUUGCCAAGCAGCUGGCUGGUCUGCCGGCCUCUGAGAAGCUGGCUGCGCGCACUCUCGCCCAGCCAUACGCCAUCAAACUCAUCGUCAGCAGGGUGAAUGACAGCACGCAGCAGUGGGCAGACUUCAAGCCGGCAUCGGCAGAGAACGGCCCGACAGGCGCAUAUGCGUUCACGCCAAACCAGACCUUUGUGUUGUACCCCCAGCUCGCCAAUGCAACCACCCUUGCAACCCCCAACGCCAACUCGCCCCCUUCCCAGCAGGCCGGGGCUGCUUUUGCACAGUACUCCAAUGCGGACACUCUGACAGUCGGACCCGCUCAGACCUUCUUCUCCUCAAAGCUGACCCAGUACAAGCCGCUCGAUCUGAGCUCUGCCGAAUAUGCGAACGAUUUCAACACCACUGCGACACUUGGCAGCAAGAACAGCACAGCCCGCAAAGAGUAUGACACCGAGACUGCCUGGUUCUGGGCUGACCUGGAUGGGACCUCGACAGUCAACGGCCAUUACUACACCAUUGCUAAGAGCCUGCUGCCCAACGAUACAUCCUUGCUGGACACCGCAGAGCUGUUUGCGCGCUUGGGGUCUGCCCAGUUUGAUUCAAACAUUGUCGGGUGGUACAUCAAGUUCUACUACCUCUUCUGGCGCCCAGUCACCGCCAUCCGGCGGGGGGACGCAAAGCACCCUGCCGACCCAACAUGGACGCCACUGCUAAACACCCCAGCACACCCCGAGUACCCUUCCACCCACACUGUCACCGCUGCUGCAUCUGGCCAAGUGCUCGCCAGGUGGUUCAAGAGCGAUAACGUGACCUUCACGGUAGGCAGCGAGUACGCUCCCAAGAAGCUGGCGCCUCGCACCUACAGCUCCUUCUCUGAGGCCGCACAAGAGGUUGGCUGGUCCAGGAUCUAUGGAGGCAUCCACUUCCCCAAGUCUGGCCCAGAUGGUGCAGGUGUCGGCACCAAGGUGGGCGACACGGUCUCUGACAACUUCCCUGCAGCGAUCGACUCCAUCUUUGGCACCACCUAUGCUGCCACCCGUGCAGCAAACAGCGGCAGUACCAGCCCCAGUCCAAAGGCUGCCACCGGCCGCCGUCUGUUUGCCUGA